UGACCCUUCUCCCAUUCUUAUUCACAAUGGCCAAGAAAGCUAUCGCCAAAGACCAGAUCGUCAAACUCAUUGUCGGAGCCGGACAGGCCAGUCCCAGUCCGCCCGUCGGUCCAGCUCUGGGUAGUAAGGGUGUCAAAAGCAUGGAUUUUUGUAAGGAAUUCAACGCGCGAACAGCGCACAUCACUACCGGAGUUCCUAUUCCCGCCCGCGUUACAGUCCGCCCCGAUCGCUCCUUCCACUUCGACCUGCGAACGCCGACAACGACGUACUUACUGUUGCAAGCCGCCAAGGUAGAACCGCGCAAGAAUCGAAUCCGCGGCGCCCAGAGACCCGGCCAUGAGUUCAUUGGCAAGAUCUCCUUGAAGCACGUUUACGAGAUCGCGAAGAUCAAGCAGUCAGAGACGAGACUGUCGGGGUUGAGCUUGGAGGGACUUUGCAAGAGUGUUAUGGCACAGGCCAAGUCUGUUGGCAUUCAGGUUGUCCCAUAG